UCUUCUUCGAGAGCCGAAGACUCGAAAACACCUCAGUCAGUUGUGGAGGAGGUCCCUAACCUACCUCAGCGGUGCAGUGGUCAGUGAGUCGGUUGGUGGAUGAGUUAGUUAAUUACUCACUCAUUGUAAUUACUAGAGAUUAUUACUCAUCAAUUAUCAGAAUAAUUAGUGAGCAGUAAUUGGAUAAUAGGGGGCAUGGAGUGCCAAGUUUAUUUGAAAUUUAUACUAGUUUUGGUAGCCUCUCUUGGAUAUAUUGGAUGCGUCGAUGCUGGAAAAAUUGUGAGCGCAAACAGCGAUGACUUCGAGUCGAGACUUCUGGAGAUUCCUGAAAGGUUCAGACAGAUCUCGCAGAUCGCCUACCCAGACGGACUGCCUGACAGUUUGCUCGAUUUCUAUUCGCUGACCAAUGCAAGCAAUCAGAUUUGCGCCAGUCACAGUGCUCACUACAGACAGGCUCUGCUGAGGUUCGAGAGAUGGGCUGUUCAGAUGCUCGACUCGUCCGGAAAAUUCCCGUCGGGCCUGAUGCAUGCACAUUUCCACGCGAUGGGGAACUACGAGGAAUGCCUAGAAGUUGCAGCCAUCGCUCCAUUCCAGGUCCAACACUGCAUGGUGCAGUUUGGCAAUUUAGUGCGCUUUCCGAAGGGACCCAUUGAUUGGGAUAAAGUGGAAACAGUGAUAGGUGGCUUGCCGGUGCUUAAGCCACUGCUCUCGGUAGGCUUGUGCCUGCCCGCUGGAUGCGGCAAGGAAGAGAUAAUCGAUCAUUAUCGGAACUUUGCAUCUAAGUAUAAUGUGACUGUUCAAAUGAACAAGUACAGUUGCACAGCCAGUGAUGAGAAAAAGCCCUUCACUUGGCUCGAGAUUAUACUAUUAGACUUUGUGCUGAUGUUAACCAUCAUAGUAGUUAUAGCAACAAUUGUCGACAUGAACUUCCCGGAGAAAGGAGAACCAGGUGUUGGCCGUGAUCUCCUCAACUGUUUCUCGUUUAUCAGAAACGGACGAGCAAUUUUCAAAACGGAAACCACAAAACGUCCCUUGGCCACUUUGAAUUCGUUCCGUUUUCUGAGCGUGACUUGGGUGAUUAUCUGCCAUCACUACCUGUUCAGCGUUCUCAGGCCCGCUGUCAACUAUUUGGAAAUGUCACAGUUAUUCACCAGAAUCUAUGCAGCUCCAAUAUUGAAUGGGUUAUUGGCAGUGGACAAUUUCAUCCUGAUGAACGGCCUUCUUCUGUCCUACCUGUUCCUGGAAGCUAUGCACAAGGGUCACAAAUUCAACAUUAUCCUGUUCUACUUGCACAGACUUGUCAGAAUUCUACCGGGAUACAUUUUGCAGUUGAUUAUCACAAUGACACUAGUGUCAAGAUACUACAGUGAAGGACCGCUAUGGAAGAACUUCAUGGAAAGGCAUACAGAGAACUGCAUGGAAUCUUGGUGGACUAAUAUAUUGUUCAUUAAUAACUACGUCAACGUUGAUAAACAGUGUAUACCAUCAACAUGGUACCUAUCACUUGAUAUGCAACUGCAUUUCGCGGCCCCAAUAUUUCUGCUCUCAAUUUGGAGAUGGAAACGCUUUGUCAAAUAUGGAAUACCGCUAUUCAUUGUGCUCGCCAAUAUUAUUGCAUUUUUGAAUUCCUACAUCGGUCAGUUCCCAGCUGGUUCCAUUAUUGCAAGAGAUUUGAAGACUGUUCACACGUAUCCUUAUGAGUACAUCACGACCCACAAUAAACUUGGACCUUGGUUUAUUGGCUUGGGAUUGGGAUACAUACUUUACUACGCCAGAGAAAAGCCAAUCAAACUAACAGCGCCAAUGGUGAAGCUAGGCUGGACCCUGAGCUUUGUUUUCGGCAUGGGAGUGAUAAUGAGCAUCUCCUACUUCCAUCAGGAUAGCACGGAAUACAACAGAUGGCUGUCCUCUACCUACUCAGGUCUGCAUAGUACUAUAUGGGCGUUCUGCAUAUCUUGGGUCAUAUUCGCCUGCGAAACCGGAUAUGGAGGCGGUGUGAAAAAGUUCCUAGCCUGGCGAGUUUUCCAGCCUCUGGGAAAACUGACGUUCGGAAUUUUCAUGUGCCAUAUUGGAAUUCAGUACGGAAACUCUAGUGCCAGUAAAGCAUCAGGCUACAUCGAAAUUGUACCCAUGGCCACAAACAUUCUUGGUGAAAUAACGGCUUGCAUCUUAGUGACGCCACUCCUAUCAUGUUUCUAUGAAGCUCCCUACAUCUGUCUUGAAAGGCUCUACAUAAAUAGAUGUAUAAUAGGACCAAAGCAGAAACGCGACCAAGAAAUGAAGGAAAGAACAAAAUCUAUGAAUGGUGGAAGUGGAGAAGAAACACAAAAACUGAAUGGAAACUCAAACCACAACGCAACAAUAUGCUGAACCAUUCACGAACUAUUGAUGAAUGGAAUAGUAAAAUAACAAUCUCUGAUGAGAAUUCUUUCGACAACUAGUUGCUGGGUCGAGUUCAAAGUCAUGAAUGGAUUAGUGAUAUUAGGUGUUAGAAAAGAAUUCGAAUAAAUUUACAAAUCAUAUUAUUUCUCGAACCAGAUUAGAAUUUAUGGAUGGAAUAGUAGAAAGGACAUUGAAUGAGAAAUUAUUCAUUUCUUAUCAAAAUACAAUCAUCGGCUAAACCAAGAUGGAGUCUUGAAGUCAAUGACUAAUGUAAUCUGUUUGUGAGUUCGGAUAGAAGUUAAUGCUAAACCAAAUCAGAAUACAUGAAUGAAAUAGUUGAAUAAGAUGUUAGGAUAGUUCCAGGUUCUCCAUUCUACAUAGUUGGAAUGUUUUGAAUGAUAGUUAAACAAGUACGUAAUGGCCGUUUUUUUGCUAAACAUUGAGAAACAUAGCAGGCUACAGGUAGACUAUAACAAGGCUUCGUAGAUUCAAUGUCAAAUGUCAGAGUUUAAGUGUGAGGUCACUGUUAGAUCAGAGGUCAAUGCAAGGUAUUUUUAGCGUUUAGUGAUGCUCCCGGUUCAGACAAUACUGAGAAAAAUUUUGUGUUGUGAAUAUCUGAUUAGUUAUCACUUAAAAUGUUGCAAACUUAUCUUUGACAAGAUGAUAAUAAGGUCCUUCUGAAAUGAAUGAUUUUUUGUUUCACUCACGUUUUUCAAGCAAUUAGAUUGUAACGCACUCAAAAGCCGCAGUGUCUUUUACACGAACCAAAUUCUACACGCUAUCUGAUGUUAAGCCUGAAAGCAUUCAGCAAAUGGAGACGUCUCUCAUCGAUUGAUACACAAACGAGUGGCUACAAUCACGAUACAUUUUAUAUCUCAUUUAUAGUCCAGUCAACGAUAGAUUAUAGAGGGAAAAGUUUGAAAAACCUAUUUUUGACCCCGCAGCUCUUCUAAGGAUAGUUAGGGGGUGAACAUAUCAAAAGUCCUCACCACUACCACCUUUGGGCGGGGCUGGUCUGGUUGGUACCAUAUUUUGGUUUUUUGUAUAUAUCUCGAACAAUAUGCGUCUUUCGGAAAUUCAUGUCGAACACAAAAUUGAAGUUUACAAAUUAGCCUACAAGUUUUAUCUGUAACAUUUUUCCAUAUCUGUCAUAGCUUUCUUGAUAUGAGCUCUUGAAGGUGUCACAAUUUGAAUACAAACCCUUCCGGCUCCGAUUUUUUCAGCUUUUUGACCUUAUAACUUUUUAACUAUUGAUUGGAUAGAUCCGUGCUAAUCAUGAGCUCAUAUAGCAUCAUAUUCUAUUCAAUUUGAUGUUGGAUUAUAUCUUGCAUCUCCCUACGAUUGUUGCAGCCGUGAUAGUGUUAAGUGUAAAAUCUUCAGUUUUACAACAAUAGAUCAAUUGACAAAGAAAUCUGGAAGGAACAAUUGGAACACAAUAUUAUUUGACUCUAUAGCUUUGUUUGGACUACUUAGAAGGUAAACAUAUCAAAAGUCCUCAUUCCUACCCCUUGUGCUUAAGGAAUAAGGGCUUAAGGGAUGAAUUUGUAAGCUUCAAUUUUGUAUUCAACAUAAAUUUCCGAAAGACGCAUACUUUUCAAGUUUCAAGUUUUAUAUUGUUCGAGAUGUAUACAAAAAAACAAAAUAUGAUACUUUCAAACCACCGCAACCCACUUAGCACAGGUGGUAGGGGUAAGGACUUUUGAUAUUUUUAUCCCCCAACUAUCCUUAAAAGAGCUGCGGGGUCAAAAAUUGUGUUUCAAGCUUUCCCCUCUCAACUUUUUCUGAGCAUUCGUUGCCUGGACUAUUAGCUUUUCAACUGGAAAAUUAAUUUCAUCCAAUUAGAUUAAUACUGUUAAGCCAAAUAUUAUUUUUAUUGGAUUAAUAAAGUAAAUAGAAGUUGUUCAACCUUGUAUGAAAUAUAUAAUUAUUAUUAACACGUCGAGUGCGGCUGCUCAAUGUGCUCAUAUUAUUCAUUGGGCUACCUAAUUAUGGAUGAAAUAAGCAUUGAUCACAUUACGUUAUUAUAGAGAUAAAUUACAAAAAUUGAAAUAAUAUCAUUGAUGAUGUUACACCAAAUUCAAUUUAACACCUAAUGAUAAUGUUGAUUUCUCGUAUCGUUUCCCGUGUCAAAAUUGCCUUGUUCCUUUACGUUAUUGAGAGUUUUGAAUGUGAAAUAAUUCACAUGCCUUGUGUAUUGUGUAUCAGUAUUAUUGAAUUCUUAUAUAUUAUAUGUUGUAUUGGAGUGACUAAAGUAUAAUAAUGAUUAUAAGAAUAAAAUUUGCAAUAAUAAAUGAUUUAAAAACAAUGUGUAGGCUAAUUCUGUAUCAUGUGAGACAUAUGUGUUGUGAUAAUAAAUAGUAAGUUAUGAUUAUGAA